CUUGGGAACACUGUUUCAAAGUUGUUUUGAUUGGGAACGUCGCCUUUCGUAAAAUAUCAAAUCUGUUUUCCUUGGAAUUAAGAGUUGCAAGAUUGUAAUUUCGAUAUUUCUCUGCAAUGAAAUUUCGUUUUUGCGGAGAUGGCGACUGUCCAGAUUGGGUUCUGGCAGGAAUUCACUCGAAUUUGUCGGUAUUGAAUACAGCGCAACUGAAAGAGGUGGCUGAAUGCGUCGUUAAGUGUAUCAUCUUGGGAACAGACGUGCCAGAAAAUCAUAUCCGGAAGAUCUUCGGAAUCACCAAAGGUUCGAUGGAUACUCCGAAGGCUGCCUUCGCCUGCAUUCGUUUCCUUCUGGUAAGUGCAGCUCGUUUCAAUACAGAUAGUGCAGUGUUGGGCAUUGAACUGCAACAGCUGGGUUUACCUAGAGAACACACCACGGUUAUGUGCCAAGUUCUAGAUAGCUAUGUCCGUCAGAUCCGAACAAAAUUGCACCAAUCUAGUCUGACAAUUAACGAACUGAGAAGUAUUACAAGCAACAUCCCUAAUAAUACAAUUGAUUGUGUGCAAAUCCGGUUAGAUAUCAAGAAUGAAAUUGUAAACGGAGUUCCCAGGCAAAUCACUCACGAAGUUAACAUCAAUCGUACCGACAUUCCUGUGUUGUUAAAAGAACUAAAAAUUGUUAGGAGCAUCAUGAACGGUUAUGAUUAUGGAUCUAAUUGUAGUGAGGAAAAAUAAUUGUUUUAUUCAUUCGCAGUUUUUUAUAAAUAAAAUUGUGAUACA